CUUCCUUCGAUAUGGAUGGCAUUUGACAGGUUCCAGUCUUGAGUGCUAACAUGAUGUCCCAAUCUCCGGACUACAUGGCAUCAAUCAUCCCAACACAGCUCUGUCCUUGUUCUCUUCCGGCAGCAGCCAAACCCCAGACAUCGUUCUUCAAGUCUUCUCUUUUCCGCGCCGGCCGCCACUGAGAUAAAUCCAUCUUGGAGAGCAAUUCCUCUCGCGCGAACGCCGUCGUCUUUCCGUUUUAUCAACUUGUCGCUCCAUCUGGAUAAUCGAACAGCCAAACCCCUCGCCCAUCGCAAGACUACGACCAUCACAAGCUCACAAUGGCUACUGCUGCGAAUGACACCAAUGUCCCGGCUGCCGGGGCGGAGCCAAGAACACCGACGUCGACUCCGGCAUCAGGCUCAGCGUCUCCUGGUGUAGCACCCGCCCACCAGUGCAGACAAUGUCGCGCUUCCUUCUGCCAGCCCCUCGGUUGCGGGCAUGUCUAUUGUGACGAGUGUGCCGGUCCUCAUCAUCAAUGCCCCGAGUGUAAUCGCCACCCCGUUCUGUAUCCCAAGCCCUCGACCGAAAAACCCCCCAAGACCACGUAUCCCUCCGAAGACGGCCUUUUUGACCCUGUUUUCCAAAAGAGAAUCGACAGUCGAAUCCGUACAAUCUACUACGUCUCGCUCUGUUCUUUCUGGGCUUCUGUCCUCGUAGGCAUUCUUUGCAUUAUUGCUAUCAUUCUUGAAACGAGCAAACGGUCUCGUUAAGGUGGAAGGUUCAGAAGGGAAAACUUAUCGAGGCCGGUGCUUGCUGGCUAGGCUGGUUUGUAGGACGGUUGAGCGCGGUGGAGUAUGAUUACUUGUAGCAUUAACA